AUGAAUCGCCACCACCAUCUCGGUAGAUCCGUACUCUGCUCUCUACUGUUGCUGACCCUGCUUUUCCUCACUUGUCCCGCCGAGGAUGACGUCAGGUGCCUGCGCGAGGUGAGGAACUCCUUCCCCGACUCCGCCGGCCGGUUCGACUCUUGGAACUUCGCCAACACCUCCGUCGGCUUCAUCUGCACCUUCAGUGGCGUCUCUUGCUGGAACGACCGCGAGAACCGCCUGAUCGGCCUGGAGCUCCGCGAUUUCGCCCUCACCGGAGACAUCCCGGACUCCCUGCAGUUCUGCCACAGCCUCCAAACCCUAGAUCUCUCCGGCAACUCCCUAUCGGGCCAGAUUCCCUCGCGAAUCUGCGAUUGGCUGCCGUAUCUGACCUCACUCGACCUGUCGCGAAACGGUUUGACCGGCAGCAUACCGGCGGAUCUCGUCAGCUGCUUGUAUCUCAACACUUUAAUCCUCGACGACAAUAGGUUGUCUGGCGGCAUCCCUUAUCAGUUCUCGAAUUUGGGGCGGCUGAGGCGGUUUUCCGUCGCGAACAACGACUUGUCUGGGAGGGUGCCAUCCUUCAGCGGUGGCUCUGUGGUGGUCGAUUUCGACGGCAACAGCGGGCUCUGCGGGGGCACGCUGGGCGAGUGCGGCGGGCUGAGCAGGAGGAGCCUGGCAAUAAUUAUAGCCGCGGGGGUUGUUGGUGCUGCAGCCUCCUUGAUGUUAGGGUUUGGUUUGUGGCGGUGCUAUUUCUCAAAAUCGAGCAAGAGGAGAAAGAGGGGUUCCGGGGUUGGUAUGAGGGGAAACGGUGCUGCUGCUUCUGCUGGCAGUAGCUGGGCUGGGAGGCUGAGGGCUCACAAGCUCACACAGGUGAACUUGUUCCAGAAGCCCCUCAAGAAGGUCAAAUUAGGUGAUUUGUUGGAAUCCACCAAUAAUUUCGGGAAGGAGAAUAUUAUCGUCUCGAGUCGAACAGGGAUGACCUACAAGGCGAUUCUUCCAGAUGGUUCGGCCCUUGCAAUCAAGCGGUUGAGUGAAUGCAAAUUAGAGGAAAAACAGUUUAAAAUGGAGAUUAAUCGGUUAGGGCAGUUGAGGCACCCCAACUUGGUCCCGCUCUUGGGCUUCUGCCUGGUGGAGGAGGAGAAACUGCUGGUCUACAAGCACCUCUCAAACGGGACACUAGGCUCAAACCUGAGCCAGGACACCGCCGUUUUAGAUUGGCCAACCAGGUUCAAAAUCGCAUUAGGAGCCUCGAGGGGGCUUGCCUGGCUCCACCACGGCUGUCAGCCCCCUAUCAUGCACCAAAACAUAAGUUCCAAUAUGGUUUUGCUUGAUGAGGAUUUUGAUCCAAGGAUAAUGGACUUUGGCCUGGCUAGGCUGAUCACGUCUUUGGAUUCUAAGGACAGUAGCUUUCGGUGUGGGGACUUGGGGGAGGUUGGGUAUGUCCCGCCCGAGUACUCGGGCACUAUGGUUGCAUCACUGAAAGGAGACGUUUACAGUUUUGGAGUUGUGCUUCUUGAGUUAGCGACUGGGCUAAAGCCCUUGGAUGUGAGUAAGGUGGAUGGGCUGUUUAAGGGUAGUUUGGUGGAUUGGUUCACGCAGGUCUCAGGUAGUGGCCGGAUUAAGGAUACUAUUGAUAGGCGGCUGGUGGGGAUGGGCCACGAUGAGGAGAUUGUGCGGUUUUUGAGGAUUGCUUGUAAUUGUGUGGUCUCGAGGCCCAAGGACAGGUGGUCCAUGUAUCAGGUUUAUGAGGCUUUGAAGGGUAUGGCUGACGAGCAUGGAUUGUCAGAACAUGAUGAUGAGUUCCCUUUGUUUUCGACGCAGGAAUCCCCAGGCCCUGUUUGA